GAGAUAUAAUGGUUUUAUAAAGCAAUUUAGCAUAAACUCAUGGCUGCUAUAAUUAGUUCUGAAUGUGAAGGGAUCUACAGCCUGCAAAACCAUAUUAUUGAAUAAAAAUGGCCAACCAAGAAGGAAAUUCCGGUAGUGUUGUUGGCAUACGAGGGGAGUUUGAGCUAACAUAUCCAAUGCCAAGUGUGGACGCCGAGGUUGGAGGAGGACCUAGAGACAAAACGAAAUGGUGGCAUCGUAGCACACAUCAAAACAAAACGAAAUGGUGGCAUCGUAGCACACAUCGAAACAAAACGAAAUGGUGGCAGUACCGCAAUCUACAACGAGACAAAACGGUGGCAUGGUUAAGGAACAGAAAACAAGUGCCACUACAACACCGUUAUGAAGCAGUGGCAUGGGACACCGUAUACUCCAAGCUAGGCCCUCCCCUAGUUGGAGGUGUACCUAACAGUUCAGACACCAUCCAAAUUCUUCUUGAUUGCAAAGAAAACGGACAAAACCUUUCCAAUCAACUUCCACCAUCAAUUUACAUGAUUCCUAGUAGUCUCCGGGAUCUAAGCCCGAGUUCUUUUGAACCUCAGGUGGUUUCUAUUGGACCUCUGCACAGUAAAGAUGAAAUGGUGCAAGAAUUUGAAGCACAGAAAGCGACUUAUCUUCAUCAUCUAUUAGAUCGUUUUGAUUUCCCACCAAGGCAAAUACUGGAUGCAUGUUUGCAGAGGGUGAAUGCUUCAAUACACAAAAUCAGGGCAUGUUACGGUGGGAUGAAGACCUACACAGACGAAGUUGAACUUGCAAAAAUGAUGGUAAUGGAUGCUUGUUUCAUACUCGAAUUCCUUUUCCCGACGGAAGAACAUGAGGUUCUAAUUUCUAGAAAUGUUAUCCUCGAACAAUCUAUUUUCCAUGACCUGGUCUUGCUAGAAAAUCAGAUCCCUUUCUUUGUUCUUCAAGACAUCUUUGACUGCACACUUUCUAAAUUACCAACAUGGCCCUCUCUAUGUCUUGCUUCUGAAGUCCUUAAACGUUUACAAUUUCUCAACCCCUUCAAAGUAAGCGGAAAUGAUGUUGUGGGUACAACUCCUCAUCAUAUUCUUGGCCUUCUGCAAACAUAUUUCCAUCCAGCACAAAAUAUCCCAACAACCUGCCCAACAUUCCCAAUGUCCAACCACUAUGCUACAGAACUGGAUAAGGCCGGAGUGAGAUUUAAGCCUAAUAAUAAUGGAAAUUGGCCAAUGGCCAUAGAUUUCAGUUCAUCUCGGCUUGAAUGUUUUAGGUGGUGGUGGGGCAACCGUACUCUUAGAAUGCCGGCACUGUGUAUUGAUGAUAACACUGAGCUAUUUUUGAGGAACAUAAUUGCAUAUGAGCAGUGCACUCCGGAUGUUCCUGAUUACGUUACAUCAUAUGCUUGUGCCAUAGAUAUGCUAGUCGAUACUAAAGAGGAUCUUUCCAAGUUGGUAGAAUCAAAAGUCCUCAGCAACGACUUGGGUUCAAACCAAGAAGCUACAAAUAUGCUCAACCGCAUAUCCAAACAAGUCGUCUUUGCGGAGUUCUAUUACAUGGAGCAGUGGAAACAGUUAGAUAUGUAUUACAAUGGUUACUGGCCCAAAAAUGUUGCACGGUUGAAGCGUAUAUAUUUCAGUAGUCCAUGGAAUAUAAUUGCUCUACUUGCUGGUAUUGUCCUGUUCGCUCUUACCAUAUUGCAGACCAUCUUAAGAAUCAAGAAGUAGUUUCUUAUUGUUUGUUUUUAGUUUUCUUUUUUCUUUGUACACUCUUUCACAUGUUUAAUGGUCUUCUCUUCUCUUUUCUCUCUCUCUCUCUCUCUCUCUCUCUCUCUUAAAAAGUCAUCGAUGUCGAUAC